CACACUUUCAAUUAGAAAAGAAAGCAAAUAAUUCCUCACACCGUAGAAAAAUUAAGUGAAAAAUGAACAAAUUCUUGCCCAAUUCAUGAAAAGCAGAGGCGAGUAAAAAGCUAUACAUUAUGCUCUCUUGUUAUAGUAAAUAAAUUAAAAAAAGAAGAAAAAAAAUUGAUGGGUUCUUACCUUUACUCUUAUCUUUGCUAAAAAAUAGGAAUAAAGGGGAAUUAUGGGACGAAAGAAAUUCGUCUGCUAGCUCUAGCAAAACUGCCUUGGCAAAGCUAAAACGAGUAGAAGAUGCUUCUUGUCCACCGUUUUGGUGGUUGAUUCAAACUGAUACCGAGAUAUGCUGUUCUUUUUUUGCCCGUUUUAGUUUUCUUCAAACUCAAAACUCACCCCCAACAGUAAUUACACUUCACAUGCUGGAUUAAGGUAUUUUUUUUUUCUUUUUCCAUUUUUCUGCACAACAUUCAUAGUUGGAGAGAGAGAAAUUUGAGUUGGGGCGUGGAGAGAUUAUAAAGAAAUGAUAAAGAAAUAGGAGGGUAGACGGUUUUUUUUAGGAGGGUGGACGGUUUUGGUCAGAUCUUUGAUGCCUUGUGGGUUUUUUUUUACCAAUUGCAGUUUUUACUUUUUUUGUUAUAUAUAUAUAUUUUUUUAUUUUUGGGGGUAAUAUUUAAGUGUGGGAAGGUGUUGGGUAGUGUCCCCUGAGCUGACUAAGGCACCUCCGGAGUCAGUGGGCUUUGCCGCCGACCAAGCAAACAAUCUCUUCUUCUUCUUCAAGUGAACAAUUUAUUAUUUUUUUUAAAAAUUUCUUUCAUUAUAAAAAAAGGGGGCUGAAAUCUUGCUCAAAAAACCCAUCUUUUUUACUCACUCUCUCUCUCUUUUGUCUGUGUCAAGAUUCGGUCAUACGAAGCCAUACAUCUUUUUUCUAACCCCAUCUUCGAGAUCCCACUUUAUCGUUUUUCAUAUGUGAGCUGAAAAACUUGACCAUAUUCUGAAAAUUGGUCCCCACAUUUAAGGUUGUGUACAUUUCUUGCCAUUUUUAGGGUUUUUAGUCCUUUCUUGAUUUGGUGUCCAGUCGGAUCAAUUGUUGGGGAAUGCUCGAGGGGCAAUCUUGUGUGGUUCAUUUUGCGGUGUUUGGUUGAGUAGCUAGAAAGCAUACUUUUUUACCUUUUUCUUUAUUUGUUUAUAUUUUCUGUACCANACAACAGAUCUUUUCAGCUGGGAAGGAUGAAGUUUAUGAAGCUUGGAUCCAAGCCAGAUACAUUUCAGACUGAGGACAACAGUAUAAGAUAUGUUGCCAGUGAGCUCGCAACAGAUAUCGUCAUUCAGAUCGGGGAAGUCAAGUUUUACCUGCACAAGUUUCCACUCCUCUCGAAAAGUGCCCUCUUGCAGAAGCUCGUCUCCCCAUCGACCGAAGACGAAAUUGCCCUCCACGACAUCCCUGGUGGGCCCACAGCCUUCGAGACGUGCGCCAAAUUCUGCUACGGCAUGACAGUCACUCUCAAUGCCUACAAUGUGGUCCCUACUCGAUGCGCGGCUGAAUACCUCGAAAUGCACGAAACAGUCGAUAAAGGUAACCUCAUUUACAAAGUCGACGUCUUUUUGAGCUCGAGCAUCUUUCGGAGUUGGAAGGACUCGAUAAUCGUACUCCAAUCGGCAAAAACCCUCGUCCCAUUUUCCGAAGAGCUCAAAAUCAUCAGCCACUGUGUAGAUGCCAUUGCCAGCAAGGCGUCGACCGAAGUCUCGAAAGUCGACUGGUCAUACACUUACAAUCGUAAAAAAAUGGCCGAGGAGAAUGGUGCAAACGGGCUGAAGAUGAUUCGGGCCGUGCCGCUCGAUUGGUGGGCCGAGGAUUUGAGUGAGCUCGAGAUCGAUUUGUACAAACGGGUAAUCGUGAAUAUAAAAAACAAAGGGUUUGUGCCGAGUGAGGUGAUUGGGGAAGCCCUGAAAGCAUACGCGUACCGGAAGCUUCCGGGCUCGGGCAAGAAUGUGGUUUUGCAAGACGAUCUCCCGAAAUUCCGUUCGAUUUUGGAGACUGUGGUGUGGCUUUUGCCUUCUGAAAAAGGUUGCGUCUCGUGUAGCUUUCUUUUGAAGCUUCUGAAAGCGGCAGUCUCGGCUGAUUCGGACGAGAGGGUAAAAACGGAACUCGUGAGGAGAAUCGGGCAGCAGCUGGAGGAGGCCUCGGUUAAUGAUUUAUUGAUUCGGGCUUGUGAGGGUGCGGAGUUGAUUUAUGAUGUUGAGAUUGUCCGGAAGAUUCUGGAGGAGUUUGUGACGCAGGAUAGGAAUUUCGAGAUCGAGAUAGAAAAUGGAGAUGGGGAGAUUCAAGAGGUUCGGAGGCCCGGGAUUUUGUCCGAAGCUUCGAAGCUGAUGGUGGCUAAACUUGUGGAUGGCUAUCUUAUGGAGAUCGCAAAGGAUCCGAAUCUGCCCAUUUCUUUGUUUGUUGGGAUCUCGGAUAUGGUUUCGGGAUUUUCCCGCCCGGCACACGAUGGCUUGUAUCGGGCCAUCGAUACGUAUCUCAAGGAGCAUCCGGGGAUCAACAAGAGCGAAAGGAAGCGCAUUUGCCGACUGAUGGACUGCAAGAAGCUCUCGGCCGAAGUAUGCAUGCACGCAGUCCAAAACGAACGGCUGCCCCUUCGCGUAGUCGUUCAAGUCCUCUUCUUCGAGCAAGUCCGCGCAGCAGCCAGUUCAGGCAGCUCGACUCCCGACCUCCCGAAAGCCAUUAAAGACCUAAACUGCAACAAUUCACACGGAAGCUCUCGUUCGACCACGACUAACACAGACGAGGACUGGGGAGAUGCCAUGGCCUCGGCUGAAGAGCUCCGGGCACUCAGAGGCGAGCUGGCGGCCUUACGGUUAGGCAAUGGGAUUCCAAACGAGAGGGAGAUGGGUCGGGCCUCUGAACGGGCUGCGAUUGGGAAGGUUAAAGGACUGAUAAUGUCGAGGAGGAUUUUCUCCAAGAUUUGGUCGGGAAAAGGCGGAGGUGGGGCCCACGGGGAGAAUAGCGGGUCGGAUUCUUCGGAGAGUUUAGGGUCGGGUAAUACUACGAGUAAUGCUCACAGCAUUCAUGACGAGGGGAAGAGUACGCCGUCGAGGAAAGGGAGGCGUUCGGUUUCGUAAUUUGAAAGGGAGGG